AGAAAAAUCUGGACUUGUGAGAAGAAUCUACAAGCUUCCGUCAUUCUUUCUAUAACUGAAAUUCCCAACCUCUUUCUUCUUUCACUUCCAUUAACCUAGCUCUCAAUUCUAUACCUAACAAUACUCUUGUUGGUGCUCUGAUCGAUCGUUUGAGAAGUAGGUAGGUUUGUGCAAAGUGAUCUCUGAUAGCUUUUUAGGGUUUUCUUUUGGACGCAAGAGGAAUAUGAAGCCAUACUAUACAUUGAAGAUGAAGAGGAAGGAUUUGGAAGAUGUUAAUGAUGAAUUCUCUGAUUUUUCACUUUCCUCUCCCGCCAGAAAAAUUCGUCGACUGGAUGCGGUGUUGCCUCCCAUAAUAGAAGAGGUUGAAGAACCAGAGAUUCCUAUAGCUUUUGAGCAAGCAACAACUUAUCCCAGCUUCGGAAGCAAUGCAGUAAAGAGGGGUCUAGUAAUUGAGGAACUGCCAAGUGUGCCCGCGAAUGAAGAGAGGGCAAUUGUGCUAUUCAAGCCUAUGAACACACAGCCUAUGCAUUCCCCUUCUAAUUUCUCCGUUAAAGUGGAUCCCCAGUUUCUUAAUGGUUUCAAAAGUCAAGUCUUCUGGGAUAACACAGCAAAUGCAUUUAGACUAGUUGAUGCUAAUGAAGCAGCGCAACAGGACGACUCUAGUUCUGCGAAAGAAUGUCUGGCAGUUGUUCCUUGGGUUCCAUCUCAAUUUCCUUCUGCAGCAGAAGCUGAAAUCCUUAGUCAACCUGAUGUUUCAGAUAUGAUGGAUGCUGAAGAUAUGGAAGGAGUAGCUAUGGAUAUUGAAGAUAACAGUGUGGAUGUUGAACCAAGAAUUGCAGUCGAUGCUGGUGCAGUUAGUGUAAAUGAUGGUUUGCAUCAUUGGCAGCAACAGCAUUGUAUGACUACGACUCAACCGCCUCAGAACACAUCAACACCGAUUCCCUGGUACAGUAACUGGCAUAAGGAUUAGGAUGUUAUAAUUACUGUUAGAACUCUUGAUGGGUCUCCUCUUGCAAUUAAGCAUCGGCUAGGUAAAAGAGGGUGAAGUAAGUACUAGAUAAAAGUAGUAGAUUGCGGGUUGAAAAGGUUUGGGAGGCCGUUGUUUUAAAAGUCACUGUCAUGGCAUCUAAUAUGUCGAUGGAUGAGCUGCUUAUAGUUUUCUAAUGUCUCAGCUCAACAUAAAAAUGCAAAUCAUUACCAUGUCUUGGAUAUGAUUUUUUCUUUAUUAUGCCUAAUUUUGGUUACACUGGGAGAUUCUGGAAUGGAAAAUAGUCACUUUGGGAAUGAAAUUGUUCAAGACAAGUCAUAUGAAAGAACGUAUGCUGUUUGUUGACAAGUUCGUUAUAAAAUUAUUUUGAGAGUUUGUAGUCACAAAAAGAAAUAUGGAAAUAUGUGAUUUGCUAUUGUUCGA